AUGGCUGCUGGAGAGUGGAUGCACUUCCUUUUUAUUUUUCUUUCCCUUUCAUUGUCUUCUUCAAUGUCUUACAACCCUAUUGAUAAGUGCUGGAGAAGAGAUCCAAAUUGGGCACAAAACAGAAUGAAGCUUGCGGAUUGUGGUGUGGGCUUCGGCAGUGCAGCCAAGGGAGGCAAUGGAGGAAAGAUGUAUACAGUCACCAGUCCUGGUGACAUUGCUGUCAAUCCCUCACCUGGGACUCUCAGAUAUGGAGUUACUCGCAAUGCUUCUCUCUGGAUAGUUUUUGCCAGUGAUAUGGAGAUAAAGCUUCAGAUGCCCCUCUUUUUCACAAGCCAUAAGACUAUCGACACAAGGGGUUCAAAUGUUCACAUCGGGAAUGGAGCUUGCAUUACCUUGGUGAAUGUGAGCAACAUAAUCAUUCACGGAUUGAACAUCCAUGACUGUCAGCCAUCUAAACCAGGCAAGAUUUUGCUCUCUGAGGGUACGCAGGCCGAGGAAAUCGAAACAGAAGAUGGAGAUGGUAUUUCAGUUCGCAAUUCCCGAGACGUUUGGAUCGAUCAUAACACAUUAGUCAAUUGCUCAGAUGGACUAGUUGAUGUCACGCUUGCCUCCACUGCAGUUACCAUUUCAAACAACCGUUUUUCUUACCAUGACAAGGUGAUGCUUUUGGGCCACAGUGAUGAUUAUACAGCCGAUAAAGCCAUGAAGAUCACAGUGGCGUUCAACCACUUUGGGCCUGGCCUCACUGAACGAAUGCCAAGGUGCAGACAUGGGUAUGUGCAUGUUGCUAAUAACAACUACGAACCAUGGGGAGCAUAUGCAAUUGGAGGGAGCGCAGAUCCCAUUAUCAGAAGCGAAGGAAAUCUCUUUGCUGCUCCAAACGAGGAGAACAAUAAACAGGUGACGUGGCGUGGGAACCCAAACGGAACAAGUUGGUUGUGGAAGUCUGUGAGAGAUACUUUUACAAAUGGAGCGUACUUCCUUCCAUCUGGCAAAGGAAAAGCACUUCCCAAUUACAAUUCUGGACAGAAUUUCAAAGUUUUGUUAGGGCCACUUGUUCCCAUAUUGACCAAGACUGCAGGAACUCUAUCCUGCAAUCCCAAUCAUCGUUGUUUAUAA